AUGCAAAGCCCCAUUACUGGAGGGAGCCUUUGUGCCACUACGGGCGAGGUUAAUCUUUACGCAGACCCUUCAACUAUAGGGACCUCUACACCUCUGUUUCUGGCCGAUUGUGAGGGAAUAGGCGGCGAUGUUGCAUCAGUUGCCAGUUCAUACCAAACGAAAUGGUAUGGUCUGGACGGAAAGUCUAACCAGAAAGUAUAUUAUUUUGGAGACCAGAUUGAUCGAAAACAAGUUAUCAAAGAUAUAUACCCACGUCUGUUAUAUAUAUUCAGCGACGUUAUUUGCUAUGUUGUAGGCGAGAAGGCUUGGUCCAAAACCAUCACUCGACUAUUGAACUGGAGCACCACCGGAGCCCAGCAUGCAAUUAAUCAAGCUGCGCUUCCAGCUUUGAUUCUGAUCAUAAACUUUUCAAUGGAAGGCAAAGAAGAAUGGGUCUCGGAAGAAGGUGGUGAUAUAUUUACUCGACAUGUUCUAGAGAUUAUGAAUGUAGAAGCUGCUACUAAUAAAAGGCUGAAAGAUAUGACUCAAAAGGUUUUAAAAGAAUUCCUUCAAUAA